CUCAUCCUGGCUGCACCGAGAGGAGGGCGGGGCUCCCAGCAUCAUCACCACCGGCCAUCGGUGCUUCAUUGUACGGCUGCUGCUGCUGUUGCUGCUGCCGCUGAUGCAGAGAUCAGAACGGAAGCCACAGCUGAUUUUUAACAGUAGCAUGGAUGCUUUCCCUUCCACGUCCGGAACCGACAGCAGAUGGAGACCCUCAGUGAGCCCCUGUGUCUGCUAGGAGAAUGAGGAGGAGGCGGCACUGGAAACUUUGGGAGCCCUUUGGAAAGUUUUUGUGAAGAUCCAAUGAGAGCAUCGAGAGAGCUUUUCUAGUUCUUGACUUAAUGGCUAAGAAAGGCCGAAUGAAGGGCGAGAAGCCCGAAGCCCUCAUUUCUGCCUUGCAGGCAGCCAAUGAAGAUCUCAGGUCCAAGCUGACUGACAUUCAGAUAGAGCUUCACCAAGAAAAAUGCAAGGUGAGCAAGCUGGAGCGGGACAAGGUGCAGGAGGUGAAGCGUGUGCGUGAGCAGGAGCAGCAUCGCCACACUGCCAUGUUAACAGAACAGCGAGCCAAAUGGCACGAGGAAAAGCAAAAGGAGCUACAAGCUCUCAGGGAAAGCCUGACUCGGCAGCACGAGCAGGAGCUGGCCCGCCACGCCAAGAUCAAAGACCAGGAGAACCAGAGACUCAAAGCUGCGCUGAACGCCAUGCGAGAUGGCAGCGGAGAGAAGGUGCGUACCGCACUCACGUUGGAGGCCAAAGAAGAGGCACGCCGCUUCUUUGACCAGGAGAGAGUGAAGCUCCUGCAGGAGAUCGCAGAGCUGAAGACGUCGAAGAAGCAGACCGACGAGGCGCUCAGCAACAUGAUCCAGGCAGACAAGAUGAAAGCCGGAGACCUGCGGGUGGAGCACCAGCAGCAUCAGGAGCAAAUCUCCAAGAUCAAGUGGGACUGUGAGCGGGACAUUCGCAGACUGGUAGAUGAAAUCAAGGCAAAAGAUCGCACCAUUUUUGCUUUGGAGAAGGAACUGGAGUCGACGUCAGGCUUUCUGCAGAAGCUGCAGCUCCAGAAAGAUGCUCUGGACGAACAGCUGUUUCUCGCCAAAGAGGCCGAGUGCGGCCUGGGAAGUCCCAAAAGAGAGAUUCCAGGCAGAGCUGGAGAUGGAGCCGAGCACCACGGCAGCCCCGACUUAAGGAGAAAUCAAAGACGCAUUGCUGAUCUGAACGCAACCAUACGCAGGUUGGAGGACCGUAACUCACUGUUGGGUGAUGAGAGAAAUGAACUGCUAAAGCGCGUUCGGGAAUCAGAAAAACAGUGCAAGCCUCUGCUCGAAAAGAACAAGCUGCUGAGUAAACGAAAUGACGACUUGACGAUGACCAUCCAGAAGCUGGAGGACAAGCUGAAGAACCUGACAAAAGAAAACCUGGAAAUGAAAGAGCGAAUAAGCUCUCAUCCUCCUCUCAAGAAGCUGAAGUCACUGAAUGACCUGGACCAAGCCCACGAUGACCAGGAAAUCACAUUUCUGAAGCUUCAAGUCCUGGAACAGCAAAACAUAAUCGAUGAACUGACACGAGACAGAGAAAAGCUUCUAAGAAAGAAAAGGCAUAAAAGAAGUUCAAGGCCAAUAAAGAGGCCCAUUGUAGUCGACACCUUUUUUGGGUACGAUGAAGAGUCUAUGGAUUCGGAGUCUUCCUCUGUGGCUUCAUUUCGCAUGGACAGAACGCCCGCCACUCCUGACGAAGACCUGGAUGAGGGUUUGGCCAACGAGGAAUCGGAGUUGCGUUUCCGUCAGCUGACCAGGGAAUAUCAGGCACUGCAGCGAGCUUAUGCUCUCCUGCAGGAACAGAAGGGAGGUUUACUGGAUGCUGAGAUGGAGGCAAAGGCUCAGGAACAACUGCAAGCUGAUGUUCUCAGGUAUAAGGCAAAAAUAGAAGACUUGGAGAAAGAACUAGCCUUCAAAGGACAGGACUCCAAAUGGGUCGAGGAGAAGCAGCUCUUCCUCAGGAGGAACCAAGAGUUAUUAGACAAGGUGGAGAAGUUGGAGUCGGAUUGCAGUCGGCUGCAGCAGGAGCUCCAAGACUCCAGAGACCAAAAUGAGCUUCUGGAGUUUCGAAUCCUGGAGCUGGAGGAGCGUGAAAGGCGGUCUCCUCCGUUCAACCACUUGAGGAUGCACCCGUUCUCAGAGGGAGUCAGCGCACUUCAGAUCUACUGCAUGAAAGAAGGGGUCAAGGAUGUGUGCAUACCAGACCUCAUCAAACUUCUGGAUAUACUAGGAGACAACGGGAAUUUAAGAAAUGAAGAACAAGUGGCUAUCAUUCAAGCUAGCACAGUUUUAUCCUUAGCAGAAAAGUGGAUUCAGCAGAUAGAAGGCACAGAGGCAGCUCUGCACCAGAAGAUGAUGGACUUAGAAAUAGAGAUGGAAAUGUUCUGCAAGCAGAAAGGAUAUCUAGAAGAAGAGCUGGACUACAGGAAACAGGCCCUGGACCAGGCCUACAUGCAAAUCCAAGAGUUGGAAGCAACAUUAUACAACUCCCUGCAGCAGGACAAGGUGAUAAAGUACGGCGAGCCUCUGAAUGAGCUUCAGAGGGACGAGCUGCGGACGGCGGUGGAGAAGCUGAGGAGACAGAUGCUACGGAAGAGCAGAGAGUACGACUGUCAGAUCCUGCAGGAGCGGAUGGAGCUCCUUCACCAGGCCCACCAGAGAAUUCGGGAUCUGGAAGACAAAACCGAAAUCCAGAGGAGGCAGAUUAAAGACCUUGAAGAAAAGUUUCUCUUUCUAUUCCUGUUCUUUUCUCUCGCCUUUAUCCUUUGGCCUUAAAGUCUGUGGAGUUUCCUCUUGUGAAGGUCGUGGGUCAGCUUGGAGUUCUUGUUUUUGACUGGAAUGUUACUUUUUUUUCUGGACAAGCUGGAAAAAGCAAAUGUUUUAGUGGUUGUCGCAAUACUUUCAGUUUGGCCCGUUAACAUUUUAAAAUACCCAAAUUGAGAUUCUCAGGAAUCUUCCCACAGAGAUAUUUUUAGGAAAGUCUUGGAUAAACAGUUGAGCACAACACAAACACACAUCAAUAAAUGUAUUCAAACGCACUCACGCUUUGACCUAUCUAAACCAAAGCUAAGGAAAUCUUUUCUCUGCACCCACAUGCAGAAAGAAAACCACCAACCGGGACAGAGCUUUUUUUUUUUUUCCUUCUUGUCCAAAACUGUAAAUUGUUGUCAGUUGCAACCGCGAAGCGUGUCAAAGGGAGUCAACUCAGGACCCAACGCGUGCCGAGGCUGCUGGAACCGUCGCUGACCUCACGUCAGAUAAUCAAGAUCUCCGGGGACACGAGAGCGUCGCCAGCUGGCCGGGUCGCCGCUCCUCCCCAGAACGGUGCUUGGGCUCUUCAGAAGUUACACGUGGAAAAUAAUUUAAAAAAAAGGACAGAGCGACACCACGGACUCUCGUGUGCGUGAACUCUAAAAAGGAAGCAGUGACACACACUCAGGUUGACAAGGACGCAGUUUGAUCCGCUCGGAUCUCCACAGGAAAACUCUGCUCUCUGAAGUCCUCCAAAGCCAGCAGACUGUCGGAGCUUCCCUCUCUGGUUUUCUAUUUUAGCACUCCCAAAAUCAAUCUGGAUCUCCAGAUUUACAUUAAAAAAACAUUAUUUACUGUAAUAUAUAUAUACACUGUUGAUAUGUACAUGUGUCGGAAUUAUUUACCGUAGUCUCCCCUUUUAUUUUUGUCAAUAGUGACGUUUUUUAAAGUCUGAAGCAGCUUGAACAGUUGAUAUACUCUGCAGUUUGGGGUGAAAGCUGCUGUUUUAUUGUGGUGAUGGCUGCAAAGAGGAGCUUUAUUUCUUUUAAAGUUAAAAGAGUCGAUAGUAUAUGAAUGUGAAAAAAAAGGAAAUUCUCUCCUGUUUUCCACCCCGAUAUAUUGUUCUGGAUUGUUAUUUAAAAUGUGUUCUGCUUGAUGCUGGUUUCACCAAUUUGCCCUUUAAAAACCUGUAAAUAUUUUGAAGGCUAGUUUGCAAAAGUAACUCAAAUUCUAAAGAGCAGAAAAGCUUCAAAUAACCACACUUCUCUGUCCUGCUGUUGUUUUUUUUAAUUUAUAUUACUAACCAAACUUAUUUGAUACUAACAACUUUUGCAAAAACACUACCGGCCGCGGUGGAGGUCAUUUCUGAAAAAGUUGGUGCAACUCUAGUCCUGCCUUGAAGCGAACUGCCCGGAUGCUGAAAUAUUUACCAGCUGAGCGUGCUCCUUCCACACACACUCCAGCCAACAAAGUAUCUGCCAUCAGUCACACUACGUGGCUCCGGCUUCACGCCAGGAUCCUGUUACUCACUAACCACAGUCCUCCUCCUUUCACUUCAGCUUCACGCCCAGAAGGACCGACGCUGGUUAUGUCAUGUGUGUUACUUUCAAUCCUCAACUCCUUUAUGCACUUCUUUACUAGUAAUGUGUAUACUUUGUUUAUAUUUAUUUAACAGGUGAACCUGACUACAGAAAAAGUAACAAUUUUUCUGCAUCACAUUUAACUUUUUUAAUAAAAAGACAAAAUAAGUCA